CGCCCCCGCCCCCACCCACGCCGCCGCCGCCACCGCCGCCGCUGCCGCUGCUCACGCACUCCGAGUCGCUGGCCUCGCUGCCUGAGGUGGGGGCGCAGCGGGCGCGUGUGCGCCGGCCCCCUUCUCGCAGCCAUCCGCGCUCCUGCCGUCCGGGUAUACGUCGGCGUGCGCCUGCUUCCGCAUCCGGCUCUGGACGCUUGCGAUCUUAGUGGAACCCAACUUGGAGUAUCGGGAUUACUUUUGUCCCCAGGGCUAAUUGCAGACCUCCACAUGUUGAACUACGGGAUUCCACAGAGAAUGAGCCUCUCAUCCUUCUUCCAUCAAUAAGCCAUUCUUGCCAGCUGCUCACCCAUCAUCUGCUGUCCUCAUGUCUACCAUACUCCUGAAUUUGGACUUUGGGGAACCUUCAAAAAAGGCAUUUGGAGGAAAUGCCAAGCAUCAACGUUUUGUCAAGAAGCGACGGUUCUUGGAACAGAGAGGAUUUCUGAAUAAAAAGAACCAACCCCCUAGCAAGGUGUCUAAAUUGAACUCAGAACCUCCAAAGAAAGGGGAAACUUCAAGAGUAGAUGGCAUUUUUAAGAUCCUUCCUUGCCCAAAGAAGAAAGAGGCAGCUGCCUCCAAAAGGGAGGCAGAGCAGUCCAUAGACAAGAAAGCAUCAUUGUCUUGGCUGACCCCUGGUCCUUCAAAGAAGAAUGAUUCUGUUGUGGCUAAAAUAGAUUUGCUAGGGGAGUUUCAGAGUGCCCUUCCAAAGAUUAAGAGCCACCCAUCUCCCACCCAAAAGGGCUCCAAGAAGAAGCCCUUGAAAAAAAAUGCCUCCGAGAACUCCACCCAAGCUCCAUCAGAGAGUAAGGGCUCCAAGAAGCCCUCACAGAAAAGUGCUGCACAGAACUCCAUGCAAGGUCCUUCAAAGAAUAAAGGCUCCCAGAAGCCCUUGAAGAAAAAUGCUGCACAAUGCUCCACCCAAGCUUAUUCAGAGGAUAAGUGCCCUAAAGUCUUCCAAAACUUACCAGGGAAGAUGGUAGCAAUCGAUUGUGAAAUGGUGGGCACAGGACCCAAGGGGCGUGUUAGUUCCUUAGCUCGCUGCAGCAUUGUGAACUACAAUGGAGAUGUACUUUAUGACGAGUAUGUCCUCCCCCCCUGCCAUAUUGUGGACUACCGGACCAGAUGGAGUGGCAUCCGAAAGAGCCACAUGGCAAAUGCUACACCCUUUAAGAUUGCUCGAAGUCAGAUCUUGAAGAUUCUCUCAGGGAAGAUAGUGGUAGGGCAUGCCAUCCACAAUGACUACAAAGCCCUACAGUACUUUCACCCCAAGUCCCUCACGCGUGACACUUCCCAAAUACCACUCCUCAACCGGAAGGCUGACUGCCCAGAGAAUGUCACUUUGUCACUGAAGAAUCUCACCAAGAAGCUGCUGAGUCGGGAUAUCCAGGCUGGAAAAAAUGGACAUUCCUCGGUGGAAGAUGCCCAGGCCACCAUGGAGCUGUAUAAGUUGGUUGAAGUUGAAUGGGAACAGCACCUGGCGCAGAAUCCUCCAGAAAAUUAGCAAUCUCAGGGAGACACAUGCAGUAGACCAACCCACAGUUCUGCCAGCUUUACACCUGUAAAAGCUAGAAUUGUUGGAGAGAGGGGCUUGACCAGAGACUUAAUAUCCAUUGACAUUUCAUCUCCGCUAUUGUGGUCGCUGUGUGGUUAAGUGUCUCAUGGAAGGGGAAAGCAUUCAUGUUAAAACCCACCUUUAAGUCAGGCAGGUGGCCCAGGCCUGUAAUCCCAGGUAUUUGGGAGGCUUAGACAGGUUACAGAUUUAAGGUCUGCCUGGGCUGCAGAAUUAGUGAGGCCUAGGCUAGUGAGACCCUGUAUUAACAUAAAAAGAGGGCCUGGAGUAAAGCUCAGUGCUAGAGCCCUUAUCUAGCAUGCAUGGAUAACUAGGUUCAGUCUCUGGGAGUGGGUUGGGGGAGGGUAGAGGAAUGGAACACAACAUGAUGAACCGUAGGCUGUUUACUUCAUUAAUAGUGCUAACCACAUGUCACAGGGUGCUUGUGCCAUUUGGCCUUCUUAACUUUGAAGGGAGCAAGGCACACCAGGGAAUACAGUUUCCCACACUUCCGUAUCUUUAGGACGUGUUUCCUUUUGGUGGGGAGUGAAACGGAGUUGCUCUGUUGCCAAGGCUGGCCUCAAACAUUUUGACUGAAAUGACUUCUUCCCCAGCCUCAUGAGGAGCUGGGACUGUAGGUGUGUGUUCACCACAGUGCCUGAUUCUUUAACUAUUGUUUUUUGUUUGUUUGUUUUAAAGUUGUUAACAGUAUCCUUUGACUUUCAGAGAUGUCCUGAUUGGAGCUAGGCAUGGUAGUCUGUCAUCCCAGGACUCUGGAGGGCAAGGCAGGAAGAGCAAAAGUUCUAGGCCAUUUUGAGUAUGUAGAGGAGCUCUGGCUCAUAGAAGUAGAAAAAGAAAAAGAAAAGAUUGUGGAGUUGCUUGCUGGCUUGUAUAGUCACAUUACAUAGCACUGAAUAACAGUUUACUUAAUCUAGGUUCCACUUAGUUUAAAAAGAAUUUACAUAGUUUUAAUAGUCUUCCAAAUUUUCACUUUGCAAAUGAACCCUCUUAAUUCAAAUGAAUCUUUUUAUGAAUUUUUAUGCUAGAAACCUGGUGGGUUGUUUUUGUUUUUGUUUUAUAAAGAUGUAUUUUUAUUUUA